CCCUGUGGCCGUGUGCGUGUGUACAUCAUGUAAAAAGUUGUAAACCGAAUUUUCCAUCUCAUAAAAGUCUUUCCGUUUCAUCAUUUCGUUCAUUCAAUCUCUCUCUCUCUCUCUCUCUCUCUCUCUCUCGCUGAAACACAAAAGGGAAAAGAAGAAGACACAACAGUAUUCAAAUCAAGAAAGAAAAUGAAAAAGCAGCAGCCCACCACAACAGUUCUGUAUCUUUUUCUCCAUUCCCACCAAUACCCAAUCUUCUAAUUCCACUGCAAUUCUUGCCUUUUCUUGUUUUUUGUUUUUUGCUUUUUGUUUCAUAAUAUCCAAAAUGACCAAGACUGAUGGGGGGGCUAUGGCAGCCAGGGCUAUGGAGCUGAAGAAGGAGUUGUGGAGACUGGUGAAGGAGAUUGUUGAUGAAGAUGACUAUAUGGUUGAGACAGCCGACCAGGCCAUCACAACAUUGUGUUCUUUGAAGUAUUUGAAGCAAUCAAACAACACCCUUUCUUUCAAACUUGAUGAUCAUGCUUUCACUGUUCCUCAAGAAUUCAGAUGUCCCAUUUCUAAAGAGCUCAUGAAAGACCCUGUUGUCUUGGCUACUGGCCAGACUUAUGAUCGUGCAUUCAUCCAGCGGUGGUUCAAUGAAGGUAACCGGACAUGCCCUCAAACCCAACAAGUCCUGUCCCAUUUAGAUCUUACCCCCAAUCAAUUGGUCAAAGAAAUGAUUUCCCAAUGGUGCAAGGAGCAUGGAGUUGAGCUUCCAAAGCCUGUAGACAAUAUUGAUGAGGCAGUAACUGCUGCAGAAAGAGUCUAUUUACAACCCGGCUAUAUAAAUUCUCUGCUUGACAAGUUGUCCCAACCACUUUCUGACCAGAAAGAAGCUGCAAAAGAGCUUCGGAAGCUAACAAAGAAAAUGCCAUCAUUCCGGGCCCUUUUUGGCGAGCACCCUGAUGCCAUUCCUCAAUUGCUUCAUCCACUCUCAUCAGGCAGUGCUGAUACUCAUCCUGAUCUCCAAGAGGAUUUGAUCACAACAGUUCUAAACCUCUCAAUUCAUGAUAAUAAUAAGAGACUAGUUGCAGAGGAUCCAGUGGCCAUACCUCUAAUUAUUGAAUCCUUAAAAUCUGGAACAAUUCAAACAAGAAGCAAUGCUGCUGCAGCACUCUUCACAUUAUCAGCCCUUGAUCCAAACAAGCUCAUUAUUGGAAAAUCUGGUGCCCUCAAACCUUUAAUUGACCUUCUAGAUGAGGGGCAUCCAUUAGCCAUGAAAGAUGCUGCUACAGCAAUAUUCAACAUUUGUUUUGCCCAUGAGAAUAAAGGGAGGGCUGUCAAUGAAGGUGCAGUCAAUGUGAUUUUGAAAAAGAUUGCGGAUCACGUACUAGUUGAUGAGUUGUUGGCUAUACUUGCAAUGCUUUCUAGCCAUCAGAAUGCUGUUGAUGAAAUGGGAGAGCUUGGCGCUGUGUCUUGCUUGCUCAAUGUCAUUAGGGAGAGCACUUGUGAACACAACAGGGAGAAUUGUGUAGCCAUUCUCUUCACCAUCUGUAUGAAUGAUCGAACUAAAUGGAAGGAGAUUAGGCAAGAAGAAAAUGCCAAUGGUACACUCUCUAGGCUUGCUCAAAGUGGAACUCUAAGGGCCAAGAGGAAGGCAAGUGGCAUCCUUGAGAGACUGAAUAAAGCUGCUUCAUUAACGCACACUGCUUGAUGAAGUAAAGCCCCUUUCUCCAAAAAAUUCAUAAAUUCAUUCGUAGUCACUCCUUGUAAAUAUCCUUUUCUCUCAAUUUGCUGCUGUACACAACAAUCCCAGCUCAGUUACCUGUAAAGAAAAAGGGUUCACACAUUUGUACACAUUACAUGUAUUCAUCGUGCACAGAUUUUGGUCCAUCUUAGGCUUGUAGAAGAGCACGGUACAUUUGGAUUUUUUUUUUACCUCUCUCUAUGAAUGAAUACGUUAGUUUUGAGUCUGACA